AUGGCUCGUCUCACAACUCUUCUCUUUGCCAUGUGGCUUGGUGUGACAGUGAGCACAGUGGUUGAUCUGGAGAAGAGAAUCCUAGGAGGUCGUGAGUGUGGACCAAAUGAGCGUCAGUACCAUGUCAAGCUGAUGACCAAUGGUGAUUUUUGUGGCGGCUCUCUGAUCACAGACCGGUGGAUUCUGACUGCAGGUCACUGCUUUAAGCAAGGAGGGACGUUCACCGCACAUAUAGGCGGCUAUCCUGGUCCUCCUAAAAAAGUGGGAAUCAAAGAUCCACCUGAGUUCUUAAACGACGGCGAGGAGCACGACCUCAUGUUACUGAAGCUGCCUGAAGCAGUUGAUAUCAAACCUGUACAAGUCCCGACUAUCAACAUCCUCCCAAGAGCAAAUGGGAGUGCAGGUCUGUCUUGUGUUGGUCUGGACAUAUCUGUCUGUAAGACUUUCAAAGCCUUGAAAGAUCAGCACUUCAUCUGUACCCAGACACUUUUGUUGGGAAUCCAUCCUGGUGACACUGGUGGAGGAGUGAUGUACCAGGACAUGAUUUAUGGUGUCAUUUCACAAGGUUAUAAAAACAGUGUCGCUGGUUCGCCAAUUUGGGCUAUGGGCCUCUGUUAUGGGCCAUACAAAGAGUGGAUAAAAAAGACUACCGCCCAACCAAGAGCAAAUUUAACUUUUGGUUGA